AUGGAGAAGAAGAAGUAUCCGAUCGGACCAGAGAAUUAUGUUCUCUAUGAAGAGAUUGGUCAAGGUGCUACUGCUUCUGUUCAUCGUGCCUUGUGUGUUCCUUUUAACGAGAUUGUCGCUAUCAAGAUUCUCGACUUUGAACGUGAUAACGCUGAUCUGCGUACUAUUUCACGGGAAGUGCAAACAAUGAUCUUGGUGGACCAUCCUAAUGUUCUCAAAUCACACUGCUCCUUCGUCAGUGAUCAUAAUUUGUGGGUUGUUAUGCCAUACAUGUCUGGGGGCUCCUGUCUUCAUAUAUUGAAGGCUGCUUAUCCAGAUGGUUUCGAGGAGUUGGUGAUAGCAACAGUACUACGUGAGGUAUUGAAGGGAAUAGAUUAUCUUCAUCAUCAAGGCUACAUACAUCGCGAUGUUAAAGCUGGAAAUAUUCUCGUUGAUGGACGUGGCGCAGUCAAGUUGGGAGAUUUUGGUGUUUCUGCUUGCCUUUUCGAUUCUGGAGACAGGCAACGCACGAGGAAUACAUUUGUUGGGACGCCUUGCUGGAUGGCACCUGAGGUUAUGGAGCAGUUAAACGGAUAUGACUUCAAGGCUGAUAUCUGGUCAUUUGGGAUUACUGCUUUGGAGCUUGCACAUGGCCAUGCUCCUUUCUCAAAAUAUCCUCCAAUGAAGGUGUUGCUUAUGACCUUGCAAAAUGCACCCCCUGGCCUGGAUUUAGAAAGGGAUAAGAAGUUCUCUAAGUCUUUCAAGCAGAUGAUUGCUAGUUGUUUGGUAAAAGAUCCUUCGAAACGACCUUCUGCAAACAAGUUGUUAAAGCAUUCCUUUUUCAAGCAAGCGAGGUCAAAUGACUAUAUAGUACGGAAAUUGUUGGAUGGAUUGCCCGAUCUUGGUGAUCGUAUCCAGGCAUUGAAGAGAAAGGAAGAAGACAUGCUUGCUCAAAAGAAGAUGCCCGAUGGGGAAAAGGAGGAACGAUCGCAGAAUGAAUACAAACGAGGACUUAGCGAUUGGAAUUUCAACAUUGAAGACGUGAAGGCUCAGGCUUCCCUGGUACAGCAAUGGCUUAUACAUUCUGAGGACCCUAUGACCGAUAAUAAUCUGGGAGAAAGCUUGAAUUCUUUGCCUACACUUGAUGGAGUUGAAAAGCAACCAGACACGCAGAAUUCUUCCCCGGGACAAGUCACAGAGAUGAUGGAUGAUGAUGAUGUCUCACAAAAUCAAGCGGCCCGGCUUCCAUUAGUCGACUCCUCUCUAAAUAUUGCCAAAGUUAGAUUUGUAAAAUCCGAUGAUGACUCGAGCACUGCGAGUCCAUGCCACGAACGACAUGUUUCGCAAAAUUCUUCACCUGGUUGUGAUAGCCUUGAAGGCAAUGCAGCUGAAAGGCCAGCUUUUAAUAUCAAUGGAAAACCUAGUGAAAAGCUGCAAAAUCAACCACCAAAUAGUUCAAACGUCAGUGGAGCAACAAUCGUUCAAGAUGGAGAUGACGGACCUUCUGAAAAUCCUUCCAAAGCGUUACAUAAACCAUCAGGAGCAAGCAGUGAUGAACCUGAUGAAAAAGCAAAGCUGCCGGUUGUUCAGCAAAGAGGACGAUUCAAAGUUACUUCAGAGAACGUUGAUAUAGAGAAGGUGCUUACCCAACAUCCUGGAAUUUCUUUCCCAUCAAUAUCUGAAGCCAUACCAUCAACUCUUUCGGGUCAUUCUCAGUUUCCAGUAUUGCAUUCUGUUUUACAGACAAAUAUUACUCAAAGGGAUGGUAUUCUGUAUCUGAUGAGGCAAAUGUCUGGAGGUGACACUGCAGGCAACCGAACGAUUGACGGGGGAUGGACAACGGCACAAGGGGUGUCUACAGAGAAAUCUUUGCUAGAAGCAGCUCAUGAUAGGGAAAAGGACUUGCUUCAUGAAAUAGCCGAGUUGCAACGGAGGCUUAUACGAACACAGGAAGAGCUCCAAAAGUAUAAAACAGAAAAUUCUCAGUUCUGCUUUCUUCGAAGAGAAAUCUACUGUACUGAGCCUUCUCAGAUGCAUUUGGAUCAUGCCAUCUGA